AUGGACAGCACCGGCAAUACUGUGGAGAAUAUCACCAGCAGCAUGGAUAACGUCGCUUUGGCCGAUACUACAUACACGGUCUACCUCGUUAAAAUCCAGUCCUCUCACCCUGAAGGCGGCUUGGCCAUCUUGGUCAAAAUCAAUAAAGAUGUCGGCGACAUUCACUUUAUUGCGCCUAACAGUGAUGGCGACGACCUGCACUACCACCGUGUGUCCAUCCAGCCCCACGAGAUAGGGGAGAUACCAAUGCCAAUAGGCACUACUCUUGCUAAGGACUAUCCUAGUAGUUGGGAUGAGGCGCUAAAGCAGCUGCCUUUGUUAGCCAAUUCCAACCAGCAGGAUAUGUUGACUCUCUUGGCUUCGCCACUGAAGGUCUCUCAGUGGACUCGACUGGCUAGGGCCAUGCUAGAGAACGCUGGAAUUUUGAUGGAAUUUGAAGCUGCUCCAAUCAUGUUUCGUGUUGAAAUUUGA